UGGUUUUACUACGCGAGAUACAAACAGAAAGUAUUGAUGCGAUGAAUUGUAAUUUUUCGCGUACUGGCUGCUGACAUAAAAGUGCAGUGAUUGUCCUUCACACAAUCUAUUCUAGUCCUUGCGCUUGACAUUGAUCCAAUACUCUGAAACCAUGAAGAACCAAAUUUUCAUUCUCGUGCUAACUUUUAUACCAGCAUUUGUGAGUGGAGCUAAUAUUCUUAUCUUGUCUGGAGUUCCAUCACCAAGUCAUUCUAUAUGGCUUCGACCACUGAUGAAUGGAUUGGCAGAGAGAGGUCAUAACGUAACAGUAGUGAGCCCGGAUAUUGAAAAGAAUCCACCGAAAAAUGUGACCUACAUUCAUCUAGAAAAUAUCUACGACGAAAUGUACAAUACCAGCAAUCGCCAAAUGUUAGAUUUUUUCGAGAUGCACAAAAGCCCAAUGUCAAUACUUCGCAUGUUAGAUGAAUUUACCAUAGUAUGCUGCAAAGCAGGAAUCAAGUCAAAAGGGUUCAAACAGCUCAUGAGUUAUCCUGAAAAUUUCAAGUUUGAUCUGUUUAUGAGUGACUACAUGUUUGGACCAUGCUUUGCUUCGCUUUUGAUGUACCGUUUUGGAAAUCCGCCUUAUAUUCCGGUUGCACCCUAUAAUGCACUAGCUACAUCAGCACCUCUAAUUGGUUCGUAUGCCUAUUCGGGAUCCAUUCCAAAUCAUUCAUACGACGUACAAGAAUCAAUGAACUUCUGGGAGCGCCUGCAAAAUUGGUACUACGACUUGUACGAAAUAAUCAUGAAAGACAUCUAUCUGUAUCCAGAAUCUGAUGCCAUUUUAAAACAAGUAUUCCCGAAUGCCCCACGUACAAAGGACCUUCAAAGCAGCAUAAGAUUACUAUUCAUCAACAACAACCCUCUAAUUCAAUACAAGGAACCUCAAAUGCCAAACGUUAUUCCAGUCGGAGGAAUGCAAAUCCGCAAAGCUAAGCCGCUGCCCGAGGAUUUAGACCGCAUAGUACGUAGUGCUAAAAAUGGAUUUAUUCUAUUUUCACUGGGAUCGAAUGCCAGAAGUGAUACGUUAGGUCCAGAUCGCAUUCGAGAGAUCUUAAUUGCUAUGAAGGCACUACCACAGUAUCAAUUCAUAUGGAAGUUUGAAUCAGACGAAUCGAAACUGCCGAUGAAGGUUCCGGAAAAUGUGUUCAUACGUGCUUGGAUGCCUCAAAACGAUCUGUUGGCGCAUCCUAAUAUAAAACUUUUUAUCACGCAUAGUGGUCUCCUAAGUACUCAGGAGGCCAUCUGGAACGGAGUUCCGAUAAUUGGUUUUCCUCUAUUUGCGGAUCAGUUUCGAAACAUUAAUUACUGUGUAUCCCUCGGAGUUGCAAAAAGGCUCAUGGUUCAAUACCUACAAGCCGAUGAUCUCAUAGCUGCCAUCAAAGAUAUUCUGAACACCCGCAGUUAUAGUGAAAACAUAAAGCGAUUGUCCCAGCUGUUCCGUGAUCAACCUGAAAGUCCGUUGGAGCGUGCCAUUUGGUGGGUUGAAUGGGUUCUGCGGAAUCCAGACAGUGAAAUGCUCCAGCCAAGUGCCGUGAAUGUACAUUGGAUUCAAAAGUACAUGUAUGACGUUUUAUUGUUCGUGAUAACUUCAGUAAUCUUGAUAUUAUUCAUUAUAUUUAAGAUAGUGACCAAAAUGCUUGCACAAUUACAACUGAAUAUAAAAGUGAAGCAAAGCUGAAAGAUGAAAAAAA